AUGUCUGCGACCGCAACAGCCACCCCUACCAAAUCCAAUGUGUCUUGGGAAGAACUCUUGGGCAGCAACAACUGGGAGGCCCUUCUGGAGCCGGAGCUCAACCUGAGCCUCCGCGAGUUCAUCCUCCGCUGCGGAAACUUCUGCGAGGCCACCUACGACGCCUUCAACUCGAACCCUAUCUCCCCCAACUGCGGAAACUCCCGCUACGGCGAGGAGACCUUUUUCCACGACGUCGUCCUCCAAGACGCCUCCAAUUACCAAGUCGUCGCCUUCCUCUACGCCACCUCUGGCAUUGGCGACACGAAGAAGAAACUCUUCCUCUUCUCAGCCAACACGGAACUCGAGCCGUGGGACCGCCAGUCUAACUGGAUGGGCUUUGUGGCCGUUACCACUGACAAGAUCAGCCAAGCCAUCGGCCGCCGCGAGGUUUAUGUCGUCUGGCGUGGAACAAUCACCACUUCCGAAUGGACAAGCAACCUCUUCCAGACAGGCCCCGAGCCGGCAAAGCCUCUGCUUGCUUCUGACAGGCAGACGACGGAUCGCCCCAAUUUUUUUGGAAUUCCGCUAAAAGACGAGCCCAAAGUCCACGGUGGCUGGCUCUCGAUUUACACCUCGACGAACUUGAAUUCUAUCUACACGACGGCAAGCGCGAGGGACCAACUCCAUAGAGCGAUUCAAGAGAUACGCAAAAAGUACAAGGGCGAGAAACUAAGCGUGGUGGUGACUGGGCAUAGCCUUGGAGGAUCCAUGGCGACUCUGAGCGCUUUCGAUAUUGCCGAAAACAAAAUCGCCGGCGACGACGUCCUCGUCUCGGCCGUCGUCUUCGGGUGUCCCCAAGUCGGUAACGUGGAGUUCAAGGAAUUGGUGGACAGUAACCCAAAGCUCAAGAUUUUGCAUAUCCACAACAUCAGGGACAAAGUGCCGGACACGCCUGAUUGGAUAUUCCCCGUUUACAUCCCUAUACAGACGGCUGAUCUGGAGAUCGACACGAACAGGUCCCCGUACUUGAAAUCGAAGUCGAUAUUGCCGUUAGAAACCGCCGGCGAUGCUCACAACUUGGAGGCGAAUUUGCACGUGGUUGCGUGGUGGAAUGGGCAGUUCAAGAAGUUUGACACUCCGAAGGUGAAGAGAAGCUUGGCUUUGGUGAACAAGUCGUGCAGGUUUCUCGUUGAAAGUCUCAAGGUUCCGGAGUUCUGGUGGGUUGAGAAGAACAAAGGUAUGGAGUACGACGAGAGCACUGGAGAGUGGGUUUUCGAUAAACCACCACCAGCCGAUCAGAUGCUGAAGAUCUCCCUAUAA